AACGGCAAUACGUAAUAACCUUGCCACUCCCUGCAGUGCUGUGAUACCCUGGUCAGACCUUCUGAUUAAUUAUUACAAAUUCUGUUCUUAGUCAACGAAUUUUAGUUCAUGAAAUGUAAAGCAGCGCUAAACAGACAUAUUUCAGCAUAAUCUAGAGGUUGUCUGACGUGCAUGUGAUUCUGUAUGUAAAUAGCUACAUGUAUAAUAAAGGUCCGUUGCUACUGUAUCAUUAAAGUAUCAGUUGGUGUAAAUGCCGGAUCACUGAUGCGCUCGUGGCCCAAAAAUGUGGAGGUGUGUCCUCAUAUAGCGUCCUAAACGGUAUUGCCACGAUGCUUUCCUGAUUAGAGUUAUAUUGGUCAGUCAGGGUAUUAAAGGGAUCCCCUCCCUCUUCAGAAGAGCAUGAUAUAAUUGUAAACAAAGCUAUAAUAGCAUUACAUUCGGCCUUUGAUAUUUUUGGGUUGCCAAGUUGUUGCCCAACUUUGCUUAGUGUGGUUAAACAAGAAAACUGUUGAGUGCAUGUCCAGGAAUAGUCCUGGGAACGAAGAGAAAGAAAACACACCGAAGCCAAUCCAAAGAUCUCAGCCACAGGAUUUUGCUCUAUGGCCAGAUAAGCUAUAAAACACAUUUGAGCUUUGCCUCAUCACUGAGGCCCACUGGGAUACUGCAAUAUACAUGAUAAAAUGAUUUCUUUUCCAUAUAUGCAAGAGACUGCUGGGAUGAACAUUUGUGGUGCUUUUGGAUAACCGAAGGAACAGAAAACAUUUCAUGUGAGAAGAAAACAAUGAUGACCUUGAUCAGGGAACUCUGUUGUGGAAAAUUUUCGUACUCUCUCACAAUGGUCUCUCUGCCAGUGUUCAGCGUCAGACCAUAAGCAACAAACAGAGACACACAAACAAAAGGGGCCUGAUCCGCUCAUGCUGUUUUGGAUGGACUGUCCAGCUCUGUACAAUGAAGAGACCCAAGCAGCAGUCACAGUCUCUCAGUUUUCUCAGCUUCUUCAGCCGAAAGCCCAAAUCUGACCCCAAGAUUGAGAAGCCCACCGGGACUUUAAACAAGGAGGAAGUGGCCAUUACUCUCACACCCAAUGAGCAUGAGCAUGUGGAACAAGACCAGGCUCACAGUGAUGUUGGAUUAAAGGGCGGUAGGGAUGGAGGAGAUCCUGGGAAAGGGGGAGGAGGUGGAGUGGGAGAUGACGAGGGAGGUGCAGAGUGUGGGAGCAGUGGCUCAAUGGGUGUACUGUCCUUGUCCUCCUCCAGUCAGGAGCAGCUGCUGGAGCACCUGGUCGAGUGCCCGCUCUGCCUCCUGAGUCAACCACGCGGCCACUUCCCUCGCUUGUCCUCCUGCCAGCACCGUGCUUGCACCGACUGUUUGCGCCAAUACCUACGCAUCGAGAUCUCAGAGAGCCGUGUGGGUAUCGCCUGCCCACAGUGCCCUGAAGCUCUGGCUCUGCCCGAUGUCCGUACCAUCCUGGAUGACGGUGCACUGCUAGAGCGCUUCGAAGAGUUUCAGCUGCGCCGCUUUCUGGCUGCUGACCCAGACACGCGCUGGUGCCCGGCACCAGAUUGCAGCUAUGCAGUGAUAGCUUAUGGCUGUGCCGAGUGCCCUAAGCUGAGCUGUGGUCGGGAAGGCUGUGAAACCGAGUUUUGCUACCACUGCCGCCAGCUGUGGCACCCAGAUCAGACUUGUGACCAAGCCAGGCGUCAGCGCGCUCGCCACACGUCAGGAGCCAAUGAUGUUUCCACGCUCUACGUCUUCAACGAGGAGCCUGGUGAUGCAGAGGAGAUCAAGCCCUGUCCACGUUGUGGUGCCUACAUCAUGAAGACUAAUGAUGGCAGCUGCAACAGAAUGAACUGUACAGUCUGUGCUUGUCAGUUCUGUUGGCUGUGCAUGCAGGAGAUAACUGAUGUGCACUACCUCAGUCCUUCAGGCUGCACUUUCUGGGGAAAGAAGCCGUGGUCGCAGACCCGCAAGGUUUUGUGGCAGGUCGGCAUGCUGCUCGGGGCUCCGGUGAUGAUCUCACUCAUAGCAGGCAUUGCCAUACCAGUCAUUAUUGUGGGCAUCCCGAUUUAUAUGGGCCGCAAGGUUCAUGGUCGCUGUAAGAAAAACAAUAUCUCAGGAAGUAAACAUUAUCUGACAGUGGCCAGUGGGGUCAUGAUGUCUGUUUUUGUGUCUCCAGUCAUAGCAGCCAUUACUGUGGGAGUGGGGGUGCCUCUUAUGUUGACGUACGUCUACGGGGUUGUGCCCAUGUCGCUGUGUCGUAAUGGCUGGUGCAGGCCACAAACUGAACCUCCUGAAGUACGGAACAUACAGCUGGAAGAUCUGGCCAACUAUCUUCUAUUUUCUCAUGUAGUCAGUGAUCAUUGGACUGGUCAGACCAACCCAUCUCUAUCCGACGGAGGCAUACAGGAAGUGAGUGUGAAUGUGGAGGAAGUGAUGCCGCUUCCCAGCACCAGUGUGGUCCAGUCUGGAGCCAAGGGCUCAGUUGAACUUCCAAAUGAUGGAUAUGUUGAUAGCAAAGUGCAGGUUGUUCAGUCAGAUGACGUGGAUGUAGCUGAGGAGUGUGCCUUCAGUAGCACACAAACAUUCGCUCUGAGCAGGGAAGGGACUAAUAUUGAGGUCCGUGUGGAGAUCGAGACCCAGCCACGGGACAGCCGGAAGCCGAGUCUUAGCAGUAUUCUGUCUAGCAAGAGCCUGUCUGCAGAAUCGCUCAGCCAGCCCUGUGAACCUCGGUGUGCCUCUCACCAGGCAGGGAGCACCGACCCCGUGUCAUUUCCUGAGAUAGACAGCGUCUGAGCAAAUCCUGGCAAACCACUGCUUCCACGGCCCACCUACACUCCCACUGGGUGCUUCCAGCCUCUGCCUGCAAACACAGAGAGCCAGCGACAUGGAAACCAACACACAGAGAGCGUGAAAGAAAAAAGAGAGGGAGAGCUGAAGAUGAGAGGCCAGGGCUGCUGACAAAAUGCCACGGAGGGGAUUAAAGACGAUCAUUUAAACUCAAAUGACCAAGCGCAUGUUUGUCAACGAGUUUGAGGAGUGCUAAUCAAUUUUAUACUGUGUUCUAUAGGAAACAGUGCCUGUUUGGAUGCUGGUCUGUUUAAUUUAUUCAGUUAGCUUUUCUUUUAGCUGUACCCUUUUAUCUAAUGACCAUAUGGUUCGUAUCCCCUGACUUAUCCAUAGGGGGAAAAAAGGAAAAAUAAUUAAAGUACGGAUUAAUAGCAUGGUUAAUUCUGCCACAGUUGCUACCUUGACAUAUUAUGUGACUAGCAACAUGGUGAAAUGCAGUAAGUCUUGUUCUGCAGGCUAAUGCUAACUUGGGUAAUGAGCUUUUCCCUCCAUUCAUUUGGAUUAUGCAAUUUGUAAACUGUUACAUUUUCAUAAAGGAGUAGCAAAAUCUGUCUAGAAUUAGCCUUCUGUAUCAUACUGUUUUUAAUAUGUCCUGAUUAUGAUAAUCUUAGGUUAAAACAGAUGAUUUUAGGGAACAUAAACAUCAUGUUGCUCAGAAAACUGAGGAUCUUGUUUCUCCCUCUGUUCACUUUUAGAUUUUUAUUUCUGCAGUAAAGGUUUUUGUUUUUGAAUCAAGCCCAUUAACUAAAGAGAGCACCUUAUCUCAAACUUCUACACUGACAGUUUCAGUUUCUUACUAAUUAAUUCCUUGUCUUGGUACCCCAGAGCCAACAGUUGUAUAAUGUCUAGACUACUGGUAUUUUUGACAUUCAGUAUCAAUGGAGGAACUCAGAAUGCUAGAUCAGGCCUCUAAUACAAACUUUCCCCCUCUUUCCUAUUCAAAAAUGAGCAGCGGACAACCCUGUUUAAAGUGUAAAAGACCUCCAGGAGUUUCCAAAGUUGAACCUUCAUAGCUGCACUGCAGAUUGGAAACAAUGAAUGGAACAGUGUGUCAAUAAAAAAGAUUUGUAUUGAACGGUGA